AUGGACGGUGAACGGAAUGGUCUGAAGGGAGAUGUUCCUUUUCACCGCAGAAGACGUACGGACGUUGAUGGCUUGCCUUCUCCCAACAAUCAAGGAGGAAGAAAUGAUCUCUAUGAUGAACUCUGGCAUGCAUGCGCCGGUCCUUGUGUUUAUGUGCCACGCGUCGGAGAAAAGGUUCUAUAUUUCCCUCAAGGUGGAUGCAUGCAUGAAUCAAGAUGGGACAAUGGAAAUGCCCAUCUACAAUUGCCUUCUAAGAUCCUUUGCAGCGUGAUUCAUGUUCAUCUGAAGGUUGAACACUGCACAGAUGAGGUCUUUGCACAAAUAACUCUGCUUCCAGACGCGGAGCAAGAUGUGCAAGCUUUGGAGCGUAUGAAUUAUCGAUCUUUACCCCGAAAAGCUUAUCCGCAGUUCUUUAGUAAGAAACUCACUCCAUCUGAUACGAGCACACAUGGCGGAUUCUCUAUCCCAAAGCGACUCGCUGAUGAGGGGUGUCUUCCGCUCCUGGACAUGUCCCAGCAAACCCCACAGCAGGAAUUGGUUGCAAAGGACUUGCAUGGUUCCAAGUGGCGCUUUCGACAUAUCUUCCGUGGUCAGCCAAAAAGGCACUUGCUUACCAGCGGUUGGAGUACGUUUCUGAGUUCGAAAAAGCUCAUUGCCGGGGAUACAUGUAUCUUUCUUAGAAGGGAAAAUGGAGAACUUCGAGUAGGAAUUCGCCGAGCAACGAAGGUGCCGAGCCGUACGUCAACAUCCAUCAUAUCUGGUCAUAGCAUGCAACUUGGCAUAUUGGCAAGUGCUUUCCAUGCCUUUUCUACCAGAAGCAUGUUUACUGUCUACCACCGUCCUUGGUCAGGAUCGUCUGAAUUUAUCAUCUCAAUUGAUCAGUAUAUGAAGUCAGCUCGAAUUGAUUACUCCGUCACGACAAGAUUUAGGAUGCAAUUUGAUGGAGAAGAAUGUGGGGAACAAAGAGCUUCCGGCACCAUUGUAAGUAUUGAAGAUACCGAUCAUAUUAGGUGGCCUAAUUCUGAAUGGAGAUGUCUGAAGGCGCAAUGGGAUCCCAGAACAGGUGCAAUUUUGCUUCCUGAAAGAGUUUGUCCUUGGAACGUAGAACCAAUGGGAUUCACUAAGAAGAAACUUUACAUUCUGCAUAACCGAAAGAAGGCUCGUACUGAUGAUUCACCGUCGUCUGAGUUUUCUAGCCUGCCAACCGAUGGCAUGUGGCACGAUUCAAUUAAUCAUGAAUCUCAAAGUAUCUCAGGGUUCUUGCAAGGUCAAGAAGAUAGUGACACAGAUGGUAAUCAAUCCGGUGCACUAAGACAACCAAUACCACAUGAUCUCCCGCUAAAUCACGGUUGGGCCUCAAUGCAACAGCAGAUGCAGAACCGACGAGAGAUUCAGAUUCCGGUCUGUGGCAAAUCCAUCUUUUCUGGUGACGUAGCAAGUUUUGGCUUACAUAACAGUUGGCUCCCAACAUUCACCAAUGACAGAGUUCAUGAAGAUGUUCUUGCUAGCAAAAAAAAUUCAGUUCCAAAUGUCAAUUCUCAAACUUCAUCGUGUGAACCAAAUGGUGAUCAUUCAUACAUGCUUUUUGGAGUAAAUUUAAUGGUCGGUCCACCACAGCCCCCUUCACCACAACAUUUCACUUCAAGUGAGCUUGAAAGUCUUUGUUCUAUUCCUCCAACAUCUCAGUCAACAGUUUCAGAACCUUCUAAGGGCACAUCUUGCUCUGUUAGUAAUCGAAGUUGCACCAAGGUACUCAAGUACGGGACUGCACUCGGAAGAUCAGUUGAUCUCACUCGAUUCAAUGGAUAUAAAGAGCUCGUAGGUGAGCUCGACCGCAUGUUUGAUUUUAAAGGACGACUGUUUGAUGGAAGCAGUGGCUGGAAUGUAACCUAUACCGAUAAUGAAGGUGACAUGAUGAUGAUCGGAGAUCACUACCCUUGGCAGAGAUUUCAGUACGAGGUCCGAAGGAUGCUCAUCAGUCCAAAGGAAGAAUCCGAAUUCAACAUCUCGCCAAUGGCCUUAUGCUGAAAGGCUUUUCCAUUAGUCUCAUCUGUAGUGGAAGAAAUGUCAAUAGGUGCGAACCGUAUGAACUAAAACUUAUUUGUUGUUUCUAAAGAGAAAUCUAUGAA